GUUAAUUGUAAUCAGGUGACCGCGGUGAAUUAAAGAAAUUUAAACAAAAACGUAAAAUGGGUACCGGUGCUAAAAAUUACACUGCUCCAGAAUGGAUUACAGCAGAGUUUCUGCAAGAUGUUCUUAAGGAAUAUUUUAAAGAUGACACUUUGGAAGUGCAUGAAAUUGUUGUGAAAAGUAUCAAUGCUGUAGGUGAAGAAGUGGGCAGUGGUUUUGCCAGUGAAAUGCAUCGUGCUGUUUUCAAUUUAAAACGCAAUGAUGUUACCGGCAAAUUUUCUGUCAUUAUAAAGGAGCACCCUAAAGGCUUCACUGGAGUAGUAGCCCACAAAAGCAAACUGUUUAAACGUGAAAUUAUGGCUUACAAAGAAGUAUUACCCCGUGUCGAAGAGCUGCUUGCCUCCAUAGGUGACACAACAAAAAUUGCUCCCGCUUGUUACUACACCACAGAAACACCUCAACCCUUUCUGGUACUUGAAGACAUGAACCUGAAUGGUUUUGAAAAUUUCGAAAAAGGACGUUUACUUAAUUUGGACUAUGUGUUACCCACCAUUGAAAAGCUAGCCAAGUUGCACGCAUGUUCUGCUGUCAUAGCAGCUGACAAUUCAAAAAUCAUGGAAUUCUUUGAAGAGGCACCCAUAUCACGUAAUCCAGAUCGUAAAGAUUUCUUGGGAUUCUUCCCCGUCAAUAUACGCUGUGUAGCUGAAGAACUUUCACAUUGGAAGGGUUAUGAAGAAAUUACGGAGAAAAUGUUUAAACUGGCCGAAAAUGUAUUACAGAGUGCAGUUGAUAUGUAUGAAUCACAUGAAAAUGGUUUCCGUGUAUUUAAUGUGGCCGAUUUGUGGAUUGAUAAUUUGAUGUUCCAUGUAAAUAAUGAAACUAAAGAACCUGAUAAUGUAGUUUUGUUAGAUUUCCAAUUAUCCUAUUAUGGCUCUCCAGCUAUGGACUUGAAUUACUUCCUGUAUGGUUCCCUAAAUGAAAAUGUGCGCAAGGUCCAUCUAAAAUACAUCGUACGUGAAUAUCAUCGCAUUUUAAAAGAAACUUUAGAAAAAUUAAAUUACGAAGGUGAAAUACCUUCGCUUAAGGCUCUUACCAUUGAUAUCAUUAAUAACAGUUUGCAAGGUGUUAUUGCUGCUACUUGUUUAACUCCUAUAAUAUUUAUGGAAAAAGACGGUUUCGAAAGUCUAGAAAAUCUUACCUCACGCACUGAAGAGGGUGAUGAUAUGCGUCGCAAAAAUGUUGAGAACCCUAAGUAUAGAGCAUUUCUUCAACGUACUGUGAAAGAAUUUGAAUUAAGCGGAUUCUUAGAUGUAUAAAAUGACAAAUAUAAAAUAGAUUUUAAGAAAUUGUUAUAAAAAUGUUUGUUGACAUAAUAAAAAAAAAGUAUUUUUGUAAAUGUUAAAAUAA